UCACCGCCUAACUCCGCCCCGAAAAAGUUCAGCGAAGGAGGAAGAAACUUGGAAGCGGGCGCGUUCCGAGCGGCGGUGCAUUUAGCAAGUGGGGACCCCCGUAUUUCCGAAGCGCGCAAACGGGUAGAUUCCGUUUCGGAGAAGAAUAGUUGACUCAUCCAAUGUUAAAUCUCCUGAGACAUUGACAAUUGACUUGGAUUUUGCUACUUGAGCCCAUCAGAUCUUUGGUUCCAGCUUCUGAAAAGUUUGCAUUUAAAAAGGAUCUGUGUCCGUUGAUGAUUCUGGACCUAACAAAGGAUUUUCUUUGUGAACCACAAUCAUGGCCUUGGCUGACAUCCAGAUGAAAUCGGAGGACUUUUUGCAAAAAAAACAGCUGAAUGCUGGUGGAUUUGGAAUGGUUUUGUUAUGCUACCACAAACGUCAUGGGCUUGUAGUGUUAAAAACUGUGUACACGGGGCCUCAACGCACAGAAUGUAACACUUCUCUUCUAGAGGAAGGCAUGAUCAUGCACAAACUAAAUCAUGAUCGUGUGGUGAAACUAUUGGGUGUCAUCCUAGAAGAUGGAAACUACUCCCUUGUAAUUGAAUACGUACGCAAAGGAGACCUGAUGUCUGUUCUACAAGCAACCCCUAUUCCUUUGCCUGUGAAAGGACGCUUCGUUCUGGAGAUCGCCGAAGGAAUGCUCUAUUUAACAGAGCAGGGUUUAGUGCAUAAGGAUCUAAAACCAGACAAUAUUCUUGUGGAUGAAGAUUUUCACAUCAAGAUAGCAGACCUUGGUGUGGCCUGUUUCAAAAACUGGAGCAGGCUGACUAAAGAAGAGACCAGCCGACAGAGGAAAAUCAAGCAGACAUCCAAGAGUAAUGCCGGCACCCUUUCCUACAUGGCCCCAGAGCAUUUGCAGGACAUCAAUACAAUGCCUGUGGAAAAAUCAGACAUUUACAGCUUUGGCAUCGUUUUAUGGGCCAUUUUUGCCAACAAAGAACCUUAUGAGAAUGCUGUCAGUGCUACACAUCUGUGCUACUGCAUUUCAGCAGGGAACAGGCCACCUAUCAAAGAGGUGGAAGACAGUUGUCCAAAUGAGAUUAUUACUUUAAUGGAACGCUCUUGGCAGCAACAGCCAAAUGAUCGGCCAACCUUUGCAGAAAUCAAUUUGAUUUACCAACCAUUUUACCAACAAAACUUUGAAGAGUAUGUGGAAGACCAUGUGAGAAAAUUAAAAGAUAUAUAUCCUGAACCAACUGAAGUUAUAAAACGGAUGGAGUCUCUCCAAGUAGAUGCUGUCUCAGAACCUCCCAGCAGAACUCGAUCAGACCAACCUGGUUCUUUACACAGUUCUCAAGGUCUCACUGCUAACGCCAUAGAUGAAGCCAUGUUUGCACCAUAUCCAGAAAACGAACCUAUAGAAAGCUGUGAAAAUGCCUUUGAGCCUCCAGCAACCUUGCAAAGAAAAUUACAGGAUGAACUGAAUUACCAUUUAUAUGGCAGCCGGAUGGAUAAGCCAGAAAGUCAUCCUGCUGCACAUAGUGUUCAAAUACAGGAAGAGGAGAGGAGAAGGAGGAAGGUAUCCUACGACCCAUUUGCCAAAGCUCCGGCUGCACCUCAGACACCAGAGUUUUACCUAAGACCUCAAAAUAUUGAAUUAAGUGUUAGUCACAACAAUGCCAGUGUGGCCCAUUCAAAUCAUCCAUGGCCCCCAGCACCAUCAGGAGCAAUAGAUCCAAAUGGUUGGUUGGGAGCUGGAACUACCAAUCUCACAAGGUUGCUAAGUGCAGAAGAUCUCUAUGGAGCAUCCUCAGCCACUCCCUCUAAUUUCAGUAAACCACCAGUUCCAGAAUCUGGCGUGAACCAUCAGUCCAAGCCGUUCAAUUCAUAUCGUUUUUCCAAAAGCUUGAGCUCGGAAACUGAUCCCAUGGAGUCGAUUCCUUUUAGAAAAUUCAACUUUGCACAUCCUUUUACGGGCAGAACACCGACAGAAGAACCUGCACACUACAACAUAUAUAAUAGCACUGGAAUUCAAAUAGGCUCCUACAACUACUUAGAAAUUAAAAAUCAAGAUAUUCGAGGAAACAAUUCUCCAGCAAGUGCUGAUUACUGUACAGAAGAGCACCAGAAAAUAUUUGAGAGCACUGCUCUAGUUUCGGAUAUUCACCUAAACCUUGUGAGAGACAACUUGUCCAGACAAUGGAAACACUGUGCUCGUAAACUGGGCUUCACUGACCCAGAGCUGGACGAAAUUGACCACGACUAUGAACGGGAUGGACUCAAAGAAAAAGUCUACCAGAUGUUCCAGAGGUGGCUGAUGAAGGAAGGCAGCAAAGGGGCAACAGUGGGGAAGCUGGCCAGAGCCCUCUUUGCUUGCAAGCGGAUAGAUCUCCUCAACAGCUUUGUCAAAAUAAGCCAGGACUCUUGAAAGAAAUAACAUAUAAGAAGUCAAAGAGCUGGAGACUGACUUUUCCACAAGAACUGGGUGGUCAUUACAAAUGCUGCCAGCAGACUGCUACUGUAUGCAAGCAGAAAAAGAAAGGGGAGGUAAAGAGAAACUGAUGGCCAAUCUCAGGGGAGGUUUUCAUAGCAGCCAUUCCUAAUGCCAAAAAAUGCUACAAACCUAACAGUAUGCUUUACAGUAGGGACAUACAAAACAUGCUCCAUGCAUGGAACAAAAUGGGGCUGUUUUGUUCUGGACACAGGCCACAACAUGGUUCUUCCAUGAAGAAGGGGGGUGAGGAUGGGGAAGGAUAGCAGCAGCAGUGGCUGAGCAGAGGGCGGGUGGGCUCUGGGAAGACUCCAGAGCAGCUGGGCCAGAUUUUGGUAUACACCACGCUGGGCCAUUAGUGGCAAUGGUGCUGGCUGAGGGGAGGAGGCAAAGGAAAGCACUGGGAACAUUGGUGGGGGCUGGCCAGUGGGAUAUACCAGUUUGGGAAUUGAUGAUGGGAGAGAGGAAAUGAUACUCACUAGUUUUGCCCCAUAUGCCUGUCUGGAUUUGUUUCAUCUCAAUCCAAGGACAAUCAAAAUCUUCUGGGUCUGGGUUCUGCCAAGCCAUGGCUAGCCUGAAAUGGUUCAUCAGAACAUCUAGAGUGCUAUGGUCUUUUUUUCUAGGUUCAAAAUGCAACAUUUUUUCCAUUUCACGCACACUCCUCUGUUUUACAAUAUGUCAGAUUUUGAAUGAAUUUGUACAAUUUAAUUUUUUUAAAAAAAUACAGAAAAUGGGCAUAA